AUGAGGGGUCCACGCCCUAACCAGCCUAUCUGUAUUGGGGAAGAAGUUAAAAUUGGUGUCCAGUUAUCAGUAGAGAGGUUCAGAUUGGACCCAGAUCAGAAAGAAUUGGAAUUCCCCUACUCUUUGACGGCCACAGAAAGAGCCUACAUUCACAGACUUUGUGAGAAUUAUAACUUGAAAUCUAAAAGUCAUGGGAAGAAAUCUAAUCGAUGUAUCACUAUUUAUAAAAAAGGAAAUUCAACGUCUGGGCAAUCGUUUACCUUUCAAUUGGCUAGAAACUCCCAACAUCAAAUAUUGAAUCUACUUCAACGUUUUCCUCUCACUAAUAAAGAAAUUCAAGAACUACAGCCCAAAACUCAGAAGUCACUUUUUAAUGAAGUUUCACGAGAUAUGAAUUUUAAAACGACAACAGGGCGUCUGAACAACGGUGUACCACAAGUGCCAUGUAAGAGAGGUAACUCUGAUUUGAAUAGUUUUCGCGAGUCGUUACCGAUACAAGUUUACAGUAGAGAUAUUGUAUCAGCCAUCAAUAAUAAUCAAAUUGUAUUGGUAUCCAGUGAAACAGGCUCUGGCAAAACCACUCAGGUGCCCCAGAUGAUUUUAGAUGAUUGUUACACCAAUAAUAAACCUUGUAGAAUAUUGUGUACCCAGCCCCGUCGUAUUGCCGCUUUAACCAUCGCGGAGAGAGUAGCCAAUGAAAGGGGAGAGAAAAUAGGUCAAACUGUUGGCUAUCAAAUUAGACUGGAAAGCAAAGUAUCACCAAAGACGUUACUAACAUUUUGUACGAAUGGUGUUUUAUUACGAACAUUAAUGGGAGGCGACUCAUCUCUGGCUUCUGUUACCCAUGUGAUUAUAGACGAGGUCCACGAACGAGAUAGAUUCAGUGAUUUUUUAUUGAUCGUGUUACGUGACGGCCUGGUCAAGUUUAAAAACCUACGAUUGAUUCUAAUGAGUGCUACUAUUAAUAUAGAUCUAUUUGUCAACUAUUUUGGACACUGUCCUAUAGCUAGCAUCCCUGGUAAUUUAUUUAAUGUAGAAGAGUUUUUCCUAGAAGAUGUUUUAAAAUGGACUGAGUAUUCUAACAGGCUGAUGAAAAAAUUUAAAAGUGAACAAGGAAAAGUAAAGAAACAACAAGAACAGUUAUCAGAAUGGUGUGAACAGAGUGUUAUAGAAACAACAACUACCUCUUCAGCAGAAACACAGCCAUCCAGUGACAUGGUUAAUACAGAUACAGAUAAUACAGAUAGUGCUGUCCAAAGUACAGGUAGUGCUGUCCAAAGUACAGUUAGUGCUGUCCACAAAUUAGAGGAGAAUUUAAAACAUGAAAUGGACAGAUUGCUGAGUGAAAUAUGGUUGACUGGAAAGGAAGAAUUAUUUUCUCAAGUUUUUCAUCUUAUACUCAGUGAGAAUGUCAGUGUUGAUUAUAAACACAGUGAAACGAGUGUAACUUCGUUAAUGAUAGCGUGUGGUCGUGGGUUUAAUGAAAUCGUUGAGAAAUUACUCAGUCUGGGUGCCAGUGUAAAUAUCAAGGCCUCCAAUGAUUGGACUGCAAUAGACUGGUGUCAGAAAUUCAACCAGAUUGAUAUAAAAGAUAUGCUGGAGGCUCAAUUAUAUAUGGAGAAAUCUAAUGGCGAGGACAAACUCCUGAACUCUGGUCAAAUUAUUUUAUCAGCAGAAGAUCAAGAAUUACUAUCAGCCUACCAACAUAGCUUCGAUGAUGAAAGAGUAGACGUCAAUUUAUUAUUUAGCUUGAUUUAUAAAAUACACACCACUCAGUCUGAUGCGAUACUGGUAUUUCUGCCAGGUUAUGAUGAUAUUGUUGCCAUUAGAGACAAGAUAGCAGAAGAUAAAAACUUUGAACAAACACGGUACGGAUAUGUGGUAUAUGUCCUACAUUCUGCGAUACAGUCAUCAGACCAGAAACGAGUCUUUAGAUAUACUCCCUCUGGUGUCAGAAAAAUUAUAUUAUCAACGAAUAUAGCUGAAACUAGUAUAACUAUUAAUGAUGUUGUUUUUGUGGUAGAUUGUGGUAAAGUGAAAGAGAAAACAUUUGAUGCCCUAUCUGGAUUAACUAUGUUAAAAAGUAACUGGAUAUCUAGAGCUAGUUCUCAACAGAGAAAAGGAAGAGCUGGUAGAUGUCAAGCAGGAAAAUGUUAUCAUCUAUUCAGUCGAAUACGAUACAGUAGCAUGAUGGAAUAUCAGCAACCAGAGAUAUUACGCUAUCCAUUACAGGAGUUGUGUUUAGAUACGAAGUUACUAGCACCAGUUAAUACCACAAUAGCUGAUUUCCUCUCCAAGGCACCUGACGCUCCUGGUCUCCUUGUUGUUAAAAACUCAGUCAAUAUUCUUAAGCAAAUAGAUGCCCUAGAUCCUUUUGAAGAUUUAACAGAGUUGGGUCAUCAUCUAACAGACCUGCCUAUAGAACCUAGACUAGGAAAGAUGGUACUUUAUUCUGUUGUGUUGAAAUGUCUAGACCCUAUUUUAACUAUAGUCUGUUCUAUAGCUCACAAAGAUCCCUUUGUGUUGCCAACCCAAGCGCAUGAAAAACGUGCCAGUGCCCUGUCUAGACGUAAAUUUGCUGCUGAUACCUACAGUGAUCAUAUGGCUCUACUCAGAGCUUUUCAGGCGUGGCAGAAAGCGAGAACUGAAGGUUGGGAACGAGGAUUUUGUGAGAAGAAUUAUUUAUCAUCAGCCUGUAUGGAGAUGAUUGUUGGAAUGAGAACCCAAUUAUUAGGUCAACUACGAGCGUCAGGAUUCGUCCGAGCCCGAGGUGGAGGUGAUAUACGCGAUUUAAACACUAACUCUGAAAACUGGGCUAUCGUCAAGGCUGCCCUGUGUGCUGGAAUGUACCCUAAUUUGGUCAAGGUCAAUAGGUCAAAGAAAUGUUUAAUGACACAGAAACAUGCUGAUGUACAGUUUCACAUGUCGUCUGUUUUGAGUGCCCCACCUUCAGCAUCUUUGAGUCGUAAAGGACGUAAAGAAUUAAUCACAACACUGCCUUCUGAUUGGUUAAUAUUUGAAGAAAUGACGAGGUUCCAGAAAUUAGCGUGUGUACGAUGUUGUACUCUAGUUUCACCGAUGGCCGUCGCGUUAUUUGCUGGGUCUGCUAAAUUACCAGAUAAUGCUGUACAAGAAUCUGAGGGCUUCGAUGAAGUAGAAUCGCCCCACCCCCACCUUACUGAUGACGAGAGUAGUGAGAGUGAGGGAGAAGAUAAGGAAGAUAUGAAGAAAUCUAGUUUUAGUAUUGACGAGUGGAUUUCAUUCAGAAUUGAUAAAGAUGCCUGUCAACUUGUCUAUGAGUUACGCCAGAAAUGGAAUAAUUUAUUUUUACGUCGAAUGAGAGCACCUGCUAAACCUUGGUCACAGAUGGAUGAGUCUAUAAUUCGAGCUGUUAUCAAUGUAUUAACAAAUGAAGAACAAUCUAUAGGAUUACAACAACCAGCUGGAAUCGGACAGAGACCGAGGCCCAUGUACCUAUUUACUUGUAUUGUAGCCACAGAGACUAUGAUGUCUGGCAGCCAUCGUGGAGGAUAUCACCAUGACGACUAUGAUAGUAACUAUGGUAAUAGACGUGUGUCUGGUAAAACACCAACUAAUACUCCCCCUCGUAGAAACCAAAACUUCAAGAGUCCAUCAUCUAAAUCAUUAGAGGGCAGUGAGGGUAGUUCAGGUACAAAUAGUCAACGAGGCAGCACCAAUAAUACACCAUGUUCCAGUCCACAACUAGCUACCACUCCCUGUACUGGUAAAUGGAUUGAACCUAAAGAUAGAUCUACAGAGGCUAGAUAUUUUAUAAUGAAGUGUCGAAACCAGAAAUUAUUAGAUAUCUGUAUCAAUAAAGGAAUAUGGGCCACCAAUAGAUAUACUAGUGAACUUCUUAAUAUACUUUAUAAGGAAGUAAAGAAUAUUUAUCUGAUCUUCUCUCUAACUGGCAGUAAAAACUUCCAUGGUUACGCUCGAAUGACUUCUGAAGUCAGUAAAGAGAAAUCUAAGGAAUUCUACUCCAUAGGAACUGGUAACUUCUCUAUAGAAUGGAUCAAAAAGGGUAACAUCAAUUUCCAGAGUAUCCAGGGUUUGAAUAAUGCAUUCAAUGAUGGUCAGAGAGUACAGGACAGUGGAGAUGGACAGGAAUUGGACCCAAAAGUGGCCGAAGCUUUGCUGAAAUUAUGGGACCAGAAGCCCAAGUCGUCCAGACCAAAAUCUGCAUCAUCAAGUGGAGAGAAAUCUUCCGAGAAUUUGUCUGGAUCUUCAUCACGCUCAUACUCAUCAGUGUCUCCUAGUUACACAUCUAGUCACCAUAGCAACACUAAUAACAGUAAUUACUAUCACCAUAACAACCAUCAAGGUCAUGGACGUAUGAAUAUGUAUCAGCAAGGCGGAGUGAAUUAUUCGGGAUACAAUAUGUAUGGAAAUCCAGGAGGGGUAAUGAUGCCGUCUGCCAAUGUCUCGCCUCGCCCUGGAAUGUCACCAGUAAUGAUUUUACAGAGAGGUUCACCGCAAGGUCAAGGUCAUCCAAAUUUUUCUCAUCACCGUGGUUACAGCUCAGGAUAUCAUCAUGGAAACCAUAAAUAA